UUUAAUAAAAUAAAAAAUAAAAACAAAUAAAAAAACAAACAGUUUAUUAGGGAUUGGGAGAAGAAGGUUUGGAAUAUAUUUAAAAUCACACGGCCGCAGUUUCUGUUCUUGGGACUCAGCAGAGCAACUCAGAGGAAGGAGAAGGCCUUUAGAAAAUGGCAAGAGGGCUGAAGAAACACUUGAAGAGGCUUAAUGCCCCAAAGCACUGGAUGCUUGACAAACUUGGUGGUGCAUUUGCCCCCAAACCAUCAUCUGGACCUCACAAGUCAAGGGAAUGUUUACCUUUGAUCCUUAUUCUGCGAAACAGGUUGAAAUAUGCUCUCACAUAUCGUGAAGUUAUUGCUAUAUUGAUGCAGCGACAUGUUCUUGUUGAUGGGAAGGUUAGGACGGAUAAGACGUACCCUGCGGGUUUCAUGGAUGUUGUGUCAAUUCCCAAGACAAAUGAGAACUUUCGCCUCCUUUAUGACACUAAAGGCCGCUUCCGUCUCCACUCCGUUAGAGAUGAUGAGGCCAAGUUCAAGCUUUGCAAAGUCCGAUCUGUUCAGUUUGGCCAAAAGGGUAUACCCUUCCUAAACACCUAUGAUGGGCGUACCAUCCGUUACCCAGAUCCACUCAUCAAGGCUAAUGACACCAUCAAGCUAGACCUAGAGAGUAACAAGAUUACAGACUUCAUCAAGUUUGAUGUGGGAAAUGUUGUCAUGGUCACUGGAGGAAGAAAUAGGGGACGUGUUGGAAUUAUAAAGAACAGGGAGAAGCACAAGGGGAGUUUCGAGACAAUUCACAUUCAAGAUGCCACUGGUAAUGAAUUUGCCACUCGUUUGGGCAAUGUCUUCACUAUUGGAAAGGGUAACAAACCUUGGGUGUCUCUCCCCAAGGGCAAGGGUAUUAAGUUGUCGAUCAUUGAGGAGGCUAGGAAGAGGCUUGCAGCAGCAGCCCAAACUGUCGGGUAAAAAUUGGCUAAAUUAUUUUGUCUUGGAGCUUACUGAUUUUGGAUAAGGAAAAUUUCUAGUUGCUUUCUGCUAGGUGCACAAGAAGUAAUGCUUUAAUUAUGGGACAAUUUAGAACUAUCUUUGUCUCAAUUUAACUAUAUUUGAAUUUCAAUUGUAGUCGCAAUUAUUUGUCUUGUUA